GGCUCGUCAUCGUUUAUCCUUUCUCACAAACAGGGAUAAGACGCCUAAACGGCCACAAGCUUCUCACUUCUAUCAAUUAUAUUUAGCUCCAUCUUCAGCUCAAAGUUGUUUGUGUUUUUCCACAGCCAUUCUUUUUGCUUGCGCGUGCUCAGCAUUGUAUCGUCAUUAAAGCCUGCGGCGAUUUAGUAGUAGUAUUAGCUACUCGACAUCGCAACUGACAUUCUUUCUUCGUUAACUACGCCGAGCGUCGCGACUAUGAGUAUCUGGGGCAUGACAGCGAGCUAUUUGCUCUUUUCUCUCCUUCACUUUGCCCAAUUCGUACUUGCCGUUGCUGUUUGUGGAUUAUACGGCGUUGAUCUUUCGCGCGCGCGUUCUCAGGGCAAAUACAUCGAUGGGAAAUGGGUCUACGCUGAAGUUGUGGGGGCUCUUGCCGCACUGACGGCUAUCCUCUAUUUCAUACCUUUUAUCCUACGAUUUGCUGCAGUUACGAUAUGGAAUUCUAUCAUGUUUAUCUUGUGGAUAGCGCUCUUCGGUCUGUUUGGUGGCAUGUACAUCCAUGAGGACCCUGAAGGUAAUGGCGACAUCCAGAGGAUGAAGAACGCCGUGUGGGUUGACUUAGCGAAUGCACUGCUCUGGCUUAUUGGAUUUGUUGCGAGUGCCACUUACUGGUGGACCCACCGCGAGAGGCCAAGCCGCUUUACGGGCCGUGCUCAUCUAGGCCGGAAUUCGUCGGUCAGGUCCACCGGUUGGACGGCAUAGUUAUAUCAUAUGCGGCUAUCAUAUUGUUUGGUAGAUCUGAUAAUUUUGGGGCCGAUCUUGGUGGGAAAACUUGGGGUAUGUGUGAUUACGAUGAUGAAAGCGAUGAGGGACAGUUUGGCGUUGAGAGAGGUUAGAAUACCCAAAAACACGACUUGGAUUUCUGAAUAAUUCGUCACGGAUGUAAGAGUGACAUAAUCAAGAGUUGGAGUCGUUAGAUAUUCGAGGCUCUGCGAAGUCUAUGCCACGUUGCAUUCUUAGUCUGCAGCUCAUUCGACUCUGCAUAAAGCAUCAAUAAGAACGAUAUUGCUUAUUUCUCAAAGUGCCGCCUAGAACAUGACGUUUAUUGCAACGUACUCCGAGGACUUGUCAUCAUCCGUUUAAUUUAUACCUACACCUCAACUUAUACC